AGAGACGUCAUUUCCUGCUCCCACGUUCACGUGACUUCUCAGUAGCUGGAGCGAUGGCGGAAAGGCUGGCCUGUUUCGUGAUGUUGCUGGGGCUCACGGCGCGCGAGCCCACGCCUGCACGUGCCGGAAAGAUGAAGGUGGUGGAGGAGCCCAACACAUUCGGGCUGAAUAACCCGUUCCUGCCCCAGACCAGUCGCCUCCAGCCCAAGAGGGAGCCUUCGCCCCCGACUGGGCCUGUGCACCUCUUUGGACUGGCUGACAAGUGCUUCAGCCUGGUGGAAUCCACGUACAAGUAUGAGUUCUGCCCUUUCCACAACGUGACCCAACACGAGCAGACCUUCCGCUGGAAUGCCUACAGUGGGAUCCUUGGCAUCUGGCAUGAGUGGGAAAUCACCAACAAUACCUUCUCGGGCAUGUGGAUGACUGACGGGGACUCCUGCCGCUCCCGGAACCGGCAGAGCAAGGUGGAUCUCACUUGUGGAAAGAGCAACCGACUUGCCCAUGUGUCCGAGCCAAGCACCUGUGUCUACGCACUGACAUUUGAGACCCCCUUGGUCUGCCACCCCCAUUCUUUGUUAGUGUAUCCGACCCUGCCGGAGGCUCUGCAGCAACGCUGGGACCAGGUGGAGCAGGACCUAGCUGACGAGCUGAUCACCCUGCAGGGCUAUGAGAAGAUACUGAGGUUACUUUUUGAGGAUGCUGGCUAUUUAAGGGCCCCAGGAGACAGCCAUCCUACCCAGCACGAAGGAGGAUCCAAGGGUCUGGGGCUUGAGACCCUGGAAAACUGCAGAAAGGCACAUGCAGAGCUGUCACAGGAGGUACAAAGGCUGACCAGUCUGCUGAACCAGCAUGGCAUCUCAUACACAGAGCCUACAGAAACUUCCCGUCCUGAGCAUCUGGACCAGCAGCUCCCCAUAGGUGCAACCUCAGAGCAAUUGUGAGGUGACCCAGAACUACAAGGAAACACCUUGUGACCCAUGUGGCCAGGAGACACAAAGAGCAUAAAUAUGAACCUUAAGCAUCCUCUUGCUGAGAAACCGGUGUGACUGGGUGUGGCGGGGUGUAGAAAGCUGCUGUGGUGAAGGCACAACUCCUUUGGGCAUCUUCCCAGGCUACGCAAGGUCACUGACAUGGACCUGCUGGGCAGACUUUGUUGUGAGAAGCAGACAAAAUAAAGAUUCAAAGUUUUAAUUCC